AUGUUUUCUGUGUUGAACAAGAAAAAAAAAUUGAUCUUUGAUUAUAAUUCCUCUCAGGCACUUGGUAAUGAGAGUCAGAAACUGGUAUCUGUUGGGGGCUCUGGCACUUUGGCACUAGAAAUUUCACACUUGGAGGACUCUACCUUGAAGGUUGGAAAACUUUCUAUCGAGCAGAGGAAGGAAAAGAUUCAUAGAUACAUGAAGAAGAGAAAUGAAAGAAACUUCAGGAAGAAAAUCAAGUAUGCUUGCACCAAAACUUUGGCAGAUAGCAGGCCACGGGUCAGAGGAAGGUUUGCAAAGAAUGAUGACUUUGGAGACAGCCAUAGACAAGGAAGUAGCAACCAUGAAGAAGAUGAUGAAGAGAUAAUUGUGAAAGAAGAUGAUGAUUUGGUCGAUUCCUCAGAUAUCUUUGCACAUAUCAGUGGGGUGAACUCUUUCAAAUGCAACUAUUCCAUUCAGUCCUUGAUUUGAAUUAACUGAUAUAGUUUGAAUAGUGAAAGCUUAUCUAUAUUUAGCUUCUGUAUAUUAAUUUUGGCAGGACUCUUUUCCAUCAUUUGAUGGUUUGAGGAAACUGAAUAAUAGGGUCCAAAUAAAUAUACCAAUAAAUGAAGUGACUUAGGAACAUACAGAGAUUACAAA